AUGGCAGCGGCUCAAGAAUACGAGAUUACGGGAUUGACCCCCUCCGACUUUGACGAAUGGUCUGCGCUUUUCCACGCGUAUAUUGAUUUCUACAAAAGUGUGCUACCUGAUGAUCAAUAUAAAAAGACAUUCGAGCGCAUCCUCGAGACACGUGAAGGUCUCGAUGCCGUGGUUAUGAGGGAAACCGAGGGCGAUAAGAAAAUGGUCGGCCUCGCCCACUUUUUCCCGCAGCAGUCGCCAUGGAGUGAGAAGAAGUUUCUCUUCCUAAAUGACCUAUUCGUUGACCCUUCCGUUCGUGGGAAGGGUCUCGGACGCCGGCUGAUUGAAGCUGUGGGGGAUAAGGGGAGGAGUGGUGGCUACAGUCGUGUGCAAUGGGUUACGGCUCAUGACAAUUUCACGGCGCAACGAUUGUAUGAUAAGGUGGCUGAAAGCAUCUUCAAAGAGUAUCGUAUGAAGCUGGACUAA